AGGAACUCCAAUUGCGUCUUGACGUACCGGCAUGCUUUGCUUCACGCUUUCCUUUUAAAACUUGCGUUUCGGCGAGCCGCCAUGGGCACCGUUGGCGCCAUUCUUUUGGUUUUUGUCGGAUGUUGUAGCAACGUGGUUUCUCUCGAGCUGCUUGUGAGGGAGUUUCCAGGAUGCGGCAACAUCGUCACGUUCGCGCAGUUUGUGUUCAUCGCGUUGGAGGGAUUCAUCUUCGAGGCGCGUUUGGGCACCAAGAAGCCCGCCAUCCCCAUCGGCAACUAUGUGAUCAUGGUGACCAUGUUCUUCACGGUCAGCGUGAUCAACAACUACGCUCUCAACUUCAACAUUGCCAUGCCGCUCCACAUGAUCUUCAGAUCGGGCUCUCUCAUCGCCAACAUGGUUCUGGGCAUCGUCCUCCUGAAGAAAAGGUAUUCGCCCAGCAAAUAUUUGUCCAUCGCCUUGGUCUCCGCCGGCAUCUUCAUCUGCACCGUCAUGUCCGCCAAGCAAGUGAAUGUGGCCGACGAGGGCCGGGAGGAGCGAGGCCUCUACGCCUUCGCGCGUUGGCUCGUCGGAAUCGGCAUGUUGACCUUUGCUCUGAUCGCGUCGGCGCGCAUGGGAAUUUUCCAGGAGACGCUCUACAAGAAGUACGGCAAGCACUCCAAAGAGGCGCUUUUUUAUAACCACUUCCUGCCUCUGCCGGGCUUCCUGCUCCUCUCCACGGACAUCUACAACCACUGCGUCCUCUUCAGUCAGAGCACGCCGGUGCUGGUUCCGCUGGUCCGACUGAACGUUCCGGUCAUGUGGCUCUACCUCCUGGUCAACGUGGUCACGCAGUACGUGUGCAUCCGCGGCGUGUUCAUCCUGACCACCGAGUGCGCCUCGCUCACCGUCACCCUGGUGGUGACGCUGAGAAAGUUCCUCAGCCUCAUCUUCUCCAUCGCGUACUUCCAAAACCCCUUCACGGCGUGGCACUGGGCGGGCACGGCCGUGGUCUUCGCCGGCACGCUGCUCUACACCGAGGUUUGGAGCGGAAUCACUGCGGCCGGGAAGAAGGACGAGUGACGGCGUGGACGGGGAACGCUUUUACAUUUUUUUUUGCUGGCCGCUCUUAAAACCGGCGGCGACUACAAGUCGUUUGUUGCUGUACCUGGGCAUGGUUUUUGGUUUUUUGUUCUUCUUCAGGUUUCUCUACUUGGCUUGAGUAUUUAUUUUUAGGACCACAUUUUACUCUUUACUUUUUUUUUUUUUUUAACCCUGUACCAACUUAUAAAAACAUGGUAUUGUGUGUAAUUAGUCAUACAAUUGCAAAGUUGCUUUUGUAUCUUUAGAGUACUUUUUUUUAACGGUAUGUCUAUCUGCCUUGGUUCUUUCUCGGACAGCUGUUUUGAACCAUAAUUUUUGUUGUUGUUGUUGUUAGUGGUUCUCACCAAAGUAAACGACACCAUGUUUUAAAAAAA